CAACCACAAGCACAACAGGGCUUUCUUCUCGCUAACUUACAUUACAUAUCUUCCAGUCCUGAACAUUAUUGCCACCAUUUUCUCUAUUCAAUGCCUUCUUAUAACCAAGCCUUAUGUUAACGCAUACUAUUUUAUUCUAGAGUCGUUGAUUUUCUCUUCUUUUCACGAUACAACUCCUCCGCAUCAUCCUGCUGUAAUGGCUGAUUUGGGGUUUAAUGAGCACCAUCAGAAUGAGGUGAUAAACUACAUGCGCUUUGCCCGCUCUAAACGGGCGCUGAGACUGAAGACCAUCGACUCCUGUUUCCAAGACUUGAAGGACAGCAGGCUCAUUGAGGAGACAUACACGGUGGAUGAGGUGUCUGACAUGCUGGAUGGACUGCAGGUUCUGGUGCGUGGAGAGGUGGAGAUGGAACUCAUAAACACUGCUCACACUAACGUGCUGCUGCUGCGACAGCUCUUUUCCCAGGCAGAGAAAUUCUACCUGAGACUGCAGACAGACAUCUCUGAGCUGGAGAACAGAGAGUUACUAGAACAAGUUGCUGAGUUUGAGAAGACUGAUUUCAAACCUAACAGCAAGGUAAAUCAGGAAUCCAAUAAGCCAAAAUUAGCACCACUGAAUGAAGGAGGUGUGUCUGAACUGCUCCAGAAGGAGAUUUCUAGACUUCAGGAGGAGAAAGAUAAAUUGAAAUCUAGACUACGAACUUUGGAAUCCCAGGCCAUGAGUGCUCUAGAUGACAAGUCCAAAGCAGAAAGGGCCUUGAAAGACCUUCAGAAGAACCAAGGAGAUCAGCAGUCUGCAACGCGCGCUCAGGAGAUUGCUAAUCUGGAAGAUACAGUAGCAGCGAUGCAGGCUGACUUCGAGAAGACUCUGAAUGCCAACGUUGCUUCUCAGAAAGACCUGCAAGAUAACCUGGUAUCUGCUAAACAUGACCUGCUCCGUGUCCAAGAGCAACUUUCCCUGGCUGAGAAGGAAAUGGAGAAGAAAUUUCAGCAGACCGCUGCUUAUCGUAACAUGAAGGAGAUUCUCACUAAAAAGAAUGAUCAGAUUAAAGAACUGAGAAAGAGAUUACAGAGGUAUGAAUCGGAUGAGUGAUUGUUUAACCUACAGGACACACAUUCAGAGGUCCACAAAGAGACUUUUAGUGGAUACUGAAGGAAGUAAAGUCAUUUUUGGCCUAGAAAGCUAUACAUUAAAAAAAACCCAGCAAGGGACCAAAUUAUGAGUAACAAGAAGGAGAAGAAGGGAUUUUGUCAUUUCUCAUCAGUGAGACCAACAUCUGACAUACAGUAUCACCAACACCUUGCUGUAUAAUUUAGUAGUUUACUGUGCUUUAGAGAUAUAAUUCAGACAUGACACUACAAUUGCUUAUUUCUCAUUCACUUCAGUGUCUGCAGCUGGUUGCCAGAGAGGCACUUUAUACAAGUUCCUUCUUGUUUUUGCACAGGAAUAUUGUGUUUUCUUUGCUGAAAAAGAAAUGUAAUGCCCAAUGCUUGGUUCCUAUUACUCAGAGAAGAAUUUAUCCUUGACACUUUUGAUUGUUUCUGGGUAUGACACACCUUUUCUCUUUGUUUCAGAUAAUAACACAUCUGUGCAUCUUUUUCAUUUUUUUCUGUUUUUUAUGCAUAAGUUAUUCUACUAGAAAGUUUAGCUGCAACAGCUAGAAUAACCUAAAGAGUUUGAAAAAAUUGUAGAUGACAACAUUCCAAAGGAAAUAUCUGUGAAGCUGCAUAUUAUGCAUUAUAAAGGUAUUCUUAAAUAGUUCACCCAAAAAUUAAAAUUCUCUCAUCAUUUACUCACCCUCAUGCCAUCUUUCUUUCUUUUGAAUUGUGGGGCGGGGAGUUGUUGGACGGGGACAACUGGGCAACUGUCCAUGUGUGUGUGUUACAUGGCAUGAAGAAUAGUUUUAUAAUACAUAAUAUACACAGAAAACCUGAAAAACACAUACAGUAGAAAGUGUUACUGAAAUAUCUGUGGCAGAAUUUUGAAGAGUUUUGUAUGUCAAUGUCAAUGGUUUUGUAAAUGUUUUAUUUGUUUGACUAUAGUUGGAUACUGAUUGACUGUACUGUGCUAUUAGUUAUGUUGACCCUCUGAAUAAUCCUUAAUUUUUGUUUGAGGAAUACUUUUAUUCCCAUUCUGGCUCACAACACUGGGGUACCAGUCCACAACCUUUCAUUAUUAUUAUUAUUAUUAUUAUUAUUAUUUUGCUGUUCUUUUCAUUUGGCUUUGAAUGUUUUGAAAUACCUUGUAAAAUCGGAGUUCAGUGUCACAGGCUAUACUGAAUUCUCUUUGAAAAGCUGAAAAGUAUCUACAUUUCAACACUAAAAGACCAAUUACACUCAGCUGCAGUCUUCACAACAGUGGAGACACCAGUGCUUAAAAUGUUUCCUGAAUUGCACAUUCAUUGUAUAUUUUUAUGCUAUUCACAGUAUAUUUUUGUAAGACCUGCAUCCUUUCCCCAAUCAGAAAUGAUUGCUUGAACAACUCUAGGAGUGAUAUGACUCUACCUCUGGUAGGGGUCUUUUAUUGUGUGUAACCUUUAUAGUGCUGUAAUAUUAGUGUGAAAGUGCAAUUGUUCACAAAUGAGCUCAUAAAGUCAGCUUUUGCAGCACUCAUGGUCUGAUUUAGGUUUUAUUUCUUUGCCAAUUGCUGCUAAAACGACUAUCCUAGGUCCUUUUGUAACUAUUAAAUCUAAUCACAGUUAUUUGAU